AGGGUUUUAGCGAUAUCUCCAUGGUCCGCUGGGGAUUCUCAUUCUCACGUCCGUCUGCAGGGUCGAUUUCUGCUUCGUGUAUGAGUGAGCUAAUGGCAGCCAUUUGAGUGGUUAAGGUGGCUGAAUGAGAUGAUGCUGUCGCUAUGCUUCUGGGUUUCCUCAAGGCAACUUCAGGAAUUAGAGUCAGUCUCUUCUCGACAGUGACCCACUUGUCUCCCUCUGUUUCUCCAGUCUCAACUCAGUUUGCUUCCUUGUUGAAGGAAUGCAAGACAGCAUCGACCGCCAGACAGAUCCACCAGCAGAUUGUCAGCCUUGGUCUGCUCUCCUCUCCCUCAAGACCCACCAUUUCUUCGUCGUUGUCAUCUUCGUCAUCAUUGGGAACUGGUAUCAUAGCUGCAUACCUCGCUUGCGAUGCUCUGACCGAUGCCAUCUGCUUGUUGGAGCGUCUCUCACCGUCCCCCGUGCUUUGGUGGAACUUGCUCAUAAGGCAAUAUGUCAAGGAAGGCCACCUUGACUGUGCCCUCAUCCUCUGUCGGCGCAUGCAGCGUGUAGGAACUAGGCCGGACCAUUUCACCUUUCCCUUUGCCCUCAAGGCAUGUGGGGAGCUACCUUCCUACCGACGAGGGACUGUCCUCCAUGCAGUUAUUUGCAGCAAUGGCUUUGAAUUGAAUGUUUUUGUCUGCAAUGCUUUGGUAGCCAUGUAUGCACGCUGUGGUGCUGUGGAGGAAGCUACCUAUGUGUUUGAAGAAAUUAUUUCUAGGGGAAUUGAUGAUGUUACAUCUUGGAACUCAGUGGUAGCAGCACAUGUGAAGAGUGGUAAUCCGGAGAUUGCUUUAGAUCUGUUCUCGGAGAUGACACAAAAAGCCAGUAAUAUGGCUAGCCAAAGGAGGUCAGAUAUCAUAAGUCUUGUAAACAUCCUCCCUGCUUGUGCCUCCCUUUGUUCAUUUCCUCGGGCAAGAGAAAUACAUGGACAUGCUAUAAGAAAUGGUCUUUUCUGGGAUAUCUUUGUGGGAAAUGCUAUGAUUGAUGUGUACUCGAAAUGUGGAGCGAUGGGUGAUGCCUUCAAGGUUUUCAAUGGCAUGGAGGUGAAAGACGUAGUUUCUUGGAAUGCAAUGGUCACUGGAUAUUCACAGAAUGGUGACUUUGACCAUGCCCUUGAGCUUUUUGAGAAGAUGCAUGCGGAGCACAUAGCAUUGGACGUUGUGACUUGGAGUGCUGUAAUUUCUGGGUAUGCUCAGAGGGGACAUGGACAUGAGGCCCUCAGAGUUUUCCGGCAGAUGCAGGUCUCUGGGUUGGAGCCUAAUGCUGUCACCAUUAUCUCACUCCUCUCUGCUUGUGCUUCCAUUGGAGCUAUUUCUCAGGGAAUGGAAACACAUGCCUAUGCUGUUAAAAAAUGCCUUCUAAUGUUAGAUGAUGAUGAUGGUGAUGGGGAAGAUCUGAUGGUGCAGAAUGCUCUUGUAGACAUGUAUUCUAAAUGUAGGAAUUUCAAAUUAGCCCAAUCAUUAUUUAGUUCUAUUCCACUUAAGGGGAGAAAUGUUGUUACUUGGACUGUCAUGAUUGGAGGUUAUGCACAACAUGGAGAUGCCAAUGAUGCUCUAGCACUCUUCUCGAAGAUGUUAGUAAAAGCUAGGUCCAUUGUGCCCAAUGCUUUCACUAUAUCUUGUGCUCUUAUGGCUUGUGCUCGUCUAGCAGCGCUACGGUUUGGUAAGCAAAUACAUGCUUAUGUGAUUCGCAAUAGGUACAAGGGCACGAAGCUGUAUGUAGCUAAUUGCCUCAUUGACAUGUAUUCCAAGUGUGGUGAUGUUGAUGCAGCUCAAAAUGUUUUUAACAUGAUGCCAGAUAAGAAUUCUGUUUCUUGGACAUCGCUGAUGACUGGUUAUGGGAUGCACGGCUAUGGCAAAGAUGCCCUCCGUGUCUUUGAGGAGAUGCAAAAGGUGGGGUUUGUUCCUGAUGGCAUCACUUUCCUAGUUGUGCUCUAUGCCUGUAGCCAUUCUGGCAUGGUCGAUGAGGGGCUGGAUUAUUUUCACAACAUGGGCAAGGAUUAUGGGGUCGAUGCUGGCGCUGAACAUUAUGCUUGUGUAAUCGACCUGUUGGGCCGUGCUGGUCGCUUAGAUAAAGCUUGGGAGAUGACAAAGAACAUGCCAAUGAAACCCACGUCAGUUGUUUGGGUGGCCUUGCUUAGUGCGUGUAGAACCCAUGCCAAUGUGGAGCUUGGUGAAUAUGCUUUGGGGCAGUUGUUAGAGUUGGAGCCUGGAAAUGAUGGGUCGUACACAUUGCUCUCCAACAUAUAUGCAAAUGCAGGCCGCUGGAGAGAUGUAGCCAGGAUCAGAUCUUUGAUGAAGAAGUCUGGAAUCAAGAAGAAGCCUGGUUGCAGCUGGAUUCAGGAAAAGAAAGGCACUGUGACAUUCUUUGUCGGAGACAGAUCUCACCCACAAUCUAAACAGAUCUAUGCUCUUCUUGGGACCUUGAUCGAACGUAUCAAAGCCCUUGGUUAUGUGCCUCAGAUGCAUUUCGCUUUGCAUGAUGUGGAUGAUGAGGAGAAAAGUUGCCUCCUCUCUGAGCACAGUGAGAAGCUUGCUCUUGCUUAUGGUAUCCUCACCUCCUCACCUGGAACUCCCAUUCGUAUCACAAAGAACUUGCGGGUGUGUGGUGACUGCCACAGUGCCAUCACAUUCAUCUCUAUUAUUGUUGACCAUGAGAUCAUACUAAGGGAUUCCAGUCGUUUCCAUCACUUUAAAAAUGGUUCUUGCUCAUGUGGUGGCUAUUGGUGAUUCUUCUGUCGAAGAUUUUAGUAAUAUUCCACAUUGGCAACCAAGAAUUUGCAGCAUUUAUAUCAAAUUGUAUUCAUUCAUAUACUUCUGUCUCUUCUCCUUACGUGGGGAAUUUUACCAUGGAUGAUAUUUCCAGUAGACUAGAAAUUGGCCGCAAAUGUAUGUUGACACACUAAGAGUGCUAGUUCUUCAAAAUAUUGAGAUGGUCAAGUUGACUAGAGAAUAUCAUUCUGGUUCUGUUUUUCUUUUCAAAUUCAGAUGGAAUUAGAAUUCCUCGUCACUAUAUUUAUCUGACAUCUUUAUGGAUUAAGAUUCUUGAAGACAUCAAGUUUAUGAAUGAUGGUGAAGGUCUUCAUGGAUUCUGGCUGUGUUUUUGUAUUUGUAUAUCUGAAUGCUGCUGCUGAGAGUUAGUAGAUUA